UCACCAGGCAUCAGGUCAUUUGGCUCGACCCGCGGGCACCGCGUCAUCUGGCAAGGCAGUGGGCUCCAAGUCAACAGGCACGACAGUGGGCACCGGGUCAUCAGGUACCGGAUUGUCUGGCUCGACAGCAGGCAUCGGGUCACCAGGUAUGACAGCGGGCACUGGGUCACCAGGCAUCAGGUCAUUUGGCUUGCCAGCGGGCACCGCGUCAUCUGGCAAGGCAGUGGGCACCGAGUCACCAGGUACCGGAUCAUCUGGAUCAACAGCGGGCAUCGAGUCAACUGGCCUAAUAGGAUCGUCAGGCUGGAUCAGUUCAUCAUGCUGGGUAGAGGCAUCAGGCUGAAUGCCGGCGUCCGGCUGAGUAGAGGCUUCAGGCCGAGUAGAGGCUUC